UCAAUACCCCAAACGCAUACGAUUACAACCUACGAACAUCGAGCUCGAAGAAGCAGAAGCAAUAUGGAUCUCAGUGCACGCAUAUCCAUCCGAAUCACCCUCCACCACACCCAAGCCCUUCCACCUGAAGGUCUCGAUAUUCGAUCCAAAGGCCGAAGCGGAGACCAAGACUGA